UGUAGCCUUUUUCUGCGUCCUGUACAGUAAUUUGGUUUUUGACAACUUGUUGAAAUUAUGUUUUGAAAAUUUACCGUAGAUUUGCUGUAUUAACGAAGCUAUUUCUGGAAUAACAUCGUAAACAUCCUGCUCCUAUUACCGUUACGAGCGUAGUCGUGAUCGAGUGCAUUCCCCAUCCGCACACAACAGAACUGGUUUGUGGUUGUGAUAGAAAACGACAAUAACAUGGAACAGCUGAUAUCCAGUAGGACAGUUAUCCCCCUCGUGCGCCUGGUUGCUCGCAAGCUUCUCCGCACAAAUCCCGCUGCUGUUCAGCAUUGUGUCUAUGCGACCACGCAAGCAGACACUCCGAUCCCGCCAUCCAGCAGCACGGCUAAGCAUGGCGCUCCCGAAACUCCCGUCUUCCCCAGCAGAAUGCCCGACGUCGCUCCAGGAACAUCCAGCUCAGAAGGGCCUCGCAUGACCACUGCGGGUAUCCUGUUUCCCAAAGACACUGGGGAAAAGAUAGCUGAUCUGAAGAAAGAGGAGAAGCAGGGCAAAGACAAGAGGCAGGAGCAGCGCCAGCAAACGGAGCGGAAUACGAAAUGCGACACUGCAUCGUCUGCAGGCACCAUGAAGGCUUGGCAGAUCUCCAAGUUCAACGAUGUUGGUGGGAUGAAACUGGAGCAAGAUGUCAAGGUCCCCUCACUGAGCGAUCCUUUUGAUAUGUUGGUGGAAAUCCAUGCUGCAAGUGUGAACCCCUUCGAUAUUGAGCGUACGCGCGGCUAUGGAGAAAAUCUUAUCCAGUAUAUUCGGACCGCAUCGAAGUUUUCGUGGAUGCCUCAGACGGUCUUUACCCGCAAAGAGCAACCGUUUCCGCUGACGCUUGGCCGAGAUUUUUCUGGAGUUGUAGUGGAUGCGGGCUCUCUUGUACACGGCGUUAAAACUGGUGAUGAAAUUUUCGGUGUAAUCGGUCCUCAUCGUCAAGGCACAUUUGCUCAGUAUGCUACGACUUCCACCUGGUGUGUAGCCAAGAAACCGGCAACCAUUAGUCAUGCGGAAGCGGCUAGUUUGCCAUACAUUGCCUGCACGGCGUGGUCGGUGCUGAAGCUCAUCGAGAACCUACCAGCCAUGUCCGAAAAGCGGGUGCUGGUCAUUGGUGGCUCCGGUGGUGUGGGUUCAUUCUCCAUUCAGUACCUGAAAGCGCUGCGCAACGUUCAUGUGACGGCAGUGUGUGGAACUGCGGCCAUUGAUAUGGUGGCCUCUUUGGGAGCGGACGAUAUUAUCGACUACCAGGCCAGCGAUGUGGAAUCUGAAUUGCAGAGGCGGGAGAAAUUUGAUUUUAUCUUCCAGGCUACACGAGGUGAUUAUGAUUUCUCGAAGAAGUAUUUGAAAGGCAUGCUGAAAUCCUUCUUCGUUACUCUUAACUACCCACUGCUGAAAAACAUUGAUGAGCGUGGAAGCGUGGCUGGUUUAGCGAAAUCGGCAGCGGACUAUUCGAUUGAAUACGCCAAGGGAUUAUCACAAGGCUAUCAUACCGUUUGGGCGUUUUUUGCACCCAAUGGACCAUUUUUACAGGAUGUUGCGAAACGGGUGGAAAAGGGACAGAUCCGACCAAUCGUCGAUAAAGUUUAUCCUUUCGAGGAGCUGCCGGCGGCGUUUCAACAGGUGGAGGCUGGCGACACGAAAGGCAAAGUGAUUAUUGAGAUGAAAAAGUAGCCGCCUGUGUGCGUGAUUUAUGCUUUUAUGGUCGUGAGUCAAGGAGGUAUGUCUUCUUAUGUAAAUUUGUGGAUACAAUAGUUCGUGAUCGUGAUUUUGCUGGUAUUUUGCUGUUGUACUUGUGAGCAAAGAGUUCUUUAUCUUUUUAGUCAUUUGUGAAAACGCAGUACUGAUCGGUAUUAAUUCUGGUUGUUAUGUCAAGUACUUUAGUAACUGCAUCUGCCUAAUUCAACGAUAAUAAACUUCUGCGUCAGUUG